AUGUCUGAUAAUACAGAAAUUUUAUUUUGGAAAGUAAUAAAAAAUAAAUAUUUAUUUAAAAUUAUAAUUUCAUAUUCAAACAUUAGAUUUAGAACAAUUAAAUAUGAAGAUUUCAAUGAUGUAUCCCAAAUUAUUAAUUCAAAUAAUCAAUCCUUACUAAUUGAAAAGUUGAAUCGUUGUGAAUUUUUAAAUUUUAAGAAUUACAAUAAUUUUGAUUGUGUUUUUAAAAAAAUUAAAAAUAUAAAUGAAGAAAACAUUAAAAUUUAUAAAAAUUUAAUUCCACACUACUCAAUGGUUGAUUUUAAUAAAUUAUUAGAAUGUUCAAUAGAAAAUGAUUGUUUAGUUGGUUUCCUAGUUUUAAUCAAUGAAAAUAGUACCUUUAAUGAAACUAAUAAUAUUAAUAAUAAUAAUAAUAAUUAUAAUAAUUGUAUUUUGGUUAACAAUAAUUAUCAAUUUUAUUUUAAUGAAGCAUUAAAAAAUAACUCAAUUGACAUAUUGACAUAUCUUAAUGAAAAUGAUGAAAAUAAUAAUUUUCCAUGCUCAAUGGAGUGGAAAAAAUUGACAAAUAAAAUUCAAAAAUCCUUAAUUAUAAAAAUGUUAUCAAAGAUUCCAAGGUUAAUAUCACUAAUAAAAAUAAGAGAUUUUUUAUUUUUUAAGGAUUCAAUAUUCCCAAAAGAUGUUUUAAAUACAGAUUUGGAAAUUUUAAUUGGUUUGUGUAUAAUUAUUAUCAACCUUCCUUUUUUAAAAAAUAAAAAAUCAUCAUCAUCAUCACCACCAAUUUUAACAAUUGAAGAAAUUAAUGAAAUUAAAAAUAAAUAUUCAGAAAAAGAUUUAAAAUCAAAUAUAAUUAAUUUAGAAUAUGAUGAUUUUAAUUUAAAAAAAUUAAUUAAAUUUUAUUAUGAUUCAGUAGGGUUUGAUAUUGAUUAUAAUCCAUUAAGAUUUUUAAAAUUUGAUGAUGAUGAUGAUGAAGAUAGUAAUGAAGAAAUUAAUUCUCAAUCAAAUCAAAUUCAUGAAAAAAUUUUAGAAUCAUAUUAUCGAAAUCAACCAUCUAUACCUUCACUAGAAUAUUGCAAUUCAAGAUUAUUAGAAAAGACUAUAAAUGGUAUUGGUACAUUGCCAAUAUUUGAAACUAAACUAUAUCCUCAAAUUUUAUUUAGAUUUAUGAAAUCUUCAGAUUUUUUAUUAAUUGAAUAUGAUGAUAUAGAAUUAAUUGAUUUUUUAAUUUCACUUUCAACAAAUUCAUCUUUCAAUACAUCUAUUGAUUCAAAUUCAAAUUCAAAUUCAAAUUCAAAUUCAAAUUCAAAUUUCUUUAAAGAUAAUUAUUUAAAACUAAUUUCAAAAGAAUUAAAUAAUAAAGAAAAUUUUGAUUUUGAUAUUAAAAGAUAUAUUAGAUCAAAUGAAAUGUUAGAAUUUUGUUUUACAAAUUUCAAUGAAAUCAUUUUACAUCCAAAUUUUAAAACUGAUAUAACAACUUGGGUGAAAUUGGAUGGAACUGAUUUAAUUGAAACUUUCAAUCAAUUAAUAAAAAAUAAAUUAAAUGAUAAAUAUAAUAUUGAAAAUGAUUUAAUCUUACCAACUUUUAUAAACAUUCGUUUUUCAAAUAAUACUCUUUCAGUACCAAAAGGGUAUGGUUUAAUAUCAUAUGCAUACUUGAUUAAAAAAUUAAAAGAAACUCGUAAAAAUUUUAAUAUCUCAAACUAUUUAGAUGAAAAACUCUUAUUAGAAUCUUUACUUUUAAAAGUAAAUUCAAAAGGCUUUUCAAAAAUUAAUUUAGACUAUCAAUUCGAAUGUAUAAAAUUAAUUAUUGAAAAUACAACAGAACAAUAUAAUCCACUUUCAAUAAUGGCUCAAACUGAAAUUGAAUUCUUUAGUAGUAUUCAAAAUGAUUUCUUCAUUUUAAAAGCUUCAUACAUUAAUAAACAAUUUUUAUAUUGGUUAUUUACAAAUCGUAAAUCAGUUGAUAUUGAUUCUGGUAGAUGUAUUUUCUCAACAUGUAAAGAUAAAUUUCCCAUACCCUCACGAUUAUCAUUAAUAUCAGCACUUUAUUUAUCAAAUCAAAUUGAUCAAUUUUUAAUAGAAUUUGAAAAUCAUUUAAUUAAUGAAUCAUAUUUCCAAUUAGAUAUUAUUUUUGAAAUUAUUGGUAAAAAUAGUGAUUACAAAUUAUUAGGGAAAUUAAUAGAUACAUUCAAUAAUUUUGAAACAAAAUCACAACAAUCACUACCAAAAACAUUUAAUGAAGAAAAAAAACGUCUACUUUCACUUUGUUUUUUUAAUGCCUCAAUUGGUGGAAAUAUAAAUAUUUUUAAACUCUUAUUAGAAAAUUAUGAUAAUAUCCUUUUCCCAAAAAAUAGUAAAUUACCAAAAGAUUAUUUCUUAGUAAGAGAUGAAUCUUUUAAAAGAUAUGUUGCCAAAGCUAUUGAAAAAAAAAAUCACCAAUUAUUUGAAUUCUUUUUUCAAAAUUUAGGUUAUCAAUCAAUAAUAUCAGAAUUAGAAAAAAGUAGUAAUCUAUUUCAUACAAUUCAAAAUGGUUUUAACCAUUUAUUCAAAUAA